UGGCGCUUUGCACUAUGUUACGCUGCACGUUUACUAAGCCACCCUUGCAUUUUCGAACACAACAGUUUCUCCACUCUCAGUUUGGGUCAAAGACAAGGACUCUGACAACAGCCUCUCGGUUUUAUGCAGCGCUGAAAUUCACCGACAAACAUGAGUGGGUGAGAGUGGAGGCUGGUGUUGGCACGGUGGGCAUCAGUAAUUUUGCUCAGGAGGCCCUGGGAGACGUGGUGUACUGUGGACUGCCUGACAUUGGCACCAAACUGGCACAGUCAGAUGAGUUUGGGGCUCUGGAGAGUGUGAAGGCGGCCAGUGAGCUGUACUCUCCCCUCACUGGAGAGGUCGUUGAGGUGAACGAGGCCCUGACUGACAACCCUGGACUAGUCAACAAGUCCUGUUAUACAGACGGUUGGCUGAUGAAGAUGACGGUGGCGGUUCCUGCAGAGCUCGACGGGCUGAUGGAUGAAGCUGCGUAUGAGCGAUACAUCCGAUCUAUAGAGGACUAGAGUGUGUGUGUGUGUGUGUGUGUGUGAGCAGGAUAUGUCCCCAUGUGGUAGUGUGAGUG